UUACACCAGAGAGUUCUGACUUCAGAACACUCACUGUGCAAGUGCUUAUGCCCUUGCCUUUCCUAUGUGAUCUUCACACACUGAUGAAACUCGGGGCAGGGCCUAUAAAUUCAGGCUACACUGUUUUGCAGAUGCCCCGACACCUGGCACAGGGUCUCUGAAAAAUGGAACCCAACUCACUGAGGACCAAAGUCCCAGCUUUCUUGUCUGACUUGGGGAAGGCCACACUGAGGGGAAUCAGAAAGUGUCCGCGAUGUGGCACAUACAAUGGAACCCGGGGGCUGAGCUGUAAAAACAAGACCUGCGGAACCAUCUUCCGCUACGGGGCCCGGAAGCAACCUAGCGUGGAAGCUGUCAAAAUCAUCACGGGUUCCGAUCUGCAGGUCUACUCCGUGCGGCAGAGAGACCGGGGCCCUGAUUACCGGUGCUUUGUGGAGCUCGGUGUCUCAGAGACGACGAUCCAGACGGUGGAUGGGACCAUCAUCACCCAGCUGAGCUCGGGGCGGUGUUACGUCCCCUCCUGCCUGAAGGCUGCCACCCAGGGUGUCGUGGAGAACCAGUGCCAGCACAUUAAGCUGGCUGUGAACUGCCAGGCGGAAGCCACCCCUCUGACCCUCAAGAGCUCGGUCCUGAAUGCCAUGCAGGCCUCCCCGGAAACCAAACAGACCAUCUGGCAGUUGGCCACUGCACCCACAGGCCCCCUGGUGCAAAGAAUCACGAAGAACAUCCUGGUGGUGAAGUGCAAGGCAAGCCAGAAGCACAGCCUGGGCUAUUUGCAUACGUCUUUUGUGCAGAAAAUCAGCCCCAAAAGCCUGCCUGAGCGCCGCUUCUUCUGCUCUUGCCAGACACUGAAAGCGAGCAAAGCAACCGCCCCCAAGGACGAAGCCGCCCAGAGAUGCAUUCAUUUCUUUGCCUGCAUCUGUGCCUUUGCCAGUGAUGAGUCAUUGGCUCAAGAGUUCUCAGACUUCCUAAAUUUUGACUCCAGCGGUCUUAAAGAGAUUAUCAUGCCUCAGUUAGGCUGCCACUCCGAGUCAGCCGUGCCUGCCUGCGAGGCUGCCGCCUCCAAGCCCAAGAAGAGGAAAAAGGACGAAGUGUCCGGCCCACAGAUGAACAGUUCACUAUUGCCUCAAGAUGCAGUGAGCAGUAACUUAAGAAAAAGUGGCCUGAAAAAGCCUGUGGUUGCUUCUUCAUUAAAGAGGCAGGCCUGUGGUCAGCUGUUAGAUGAGGCCCAAGUGACUUUAUCCUUCCAAGACUGGCUGGCCAGUGUCACAGAACGCAUCCAUCAAACUAUGCACUAUCAAUUUGAUGGUAAACCAGAGCCACUGGUAUUCCACAUUCCCCAAUCCUUUUUUGAUGCCCUGCAACAGAGAAUAUCCAUAGGAAGUGCAAAAAAACGGCUCCCGAACUCUACCACAGCCUUUGUUCGGAAAGAUGCCUUGCCUCUGGGAACCUUUUCCAAGUAUACCUGGCAUAUCACUAACAUCCUGCAGGUCAAACAAAUCUUGGACACCCCGGAGAUGCCCUUGGAAAUCACCCGUAGCUUUAUUCAGAACCGAGAUGGGACCUAUGAGCUGUUCAAGUGCCCCAAAGUGGAAGUGGAGAGCAUAGCCGAGACCUAUGGGCGCAUGGAGAAGCAGCCAGUGCUGCGACCCUUGGAACUGAAGACUUUUCUCAAAGUUGGAAACACUUCCCCAGAUCAAAAGGAGCCAACACCUUUCAUCAUCGAGUGGAUCCCAGAUAUCCUCCCCAACUCCAAGAUUGGCGAGCUGCGGAUCAAGUUUGAAUACGGUCACCACCGGAAUGGGCAUGUGGCAGAGUACCAGGACCAGAGGCCCCCGCUCGAGCAGCCCCUGGAGCUGGCCCCUCUGACCACCAUUACUUUCCCAUGAGCAAAACAGGAGUGUUUUACUGCUAAAUUUGCACAUCCCCAUCCCUUGACCACUUUAAAUCCUUGUUAGCUAGCGCAGGCAGCCCCCAGCCUCAGUGACCUGUCACAGCUGCCAUGCCGUUUCUCAGUGCAUUCAUGUGCGUGCGUUCAGUGCAACAGACCUCCUCCUCAUCACAGCCCCUGUGGUGCUGCUGUGUACAGUCCUCAUCAUACCUUGGGCAGCAUUUCUGGCUAGAAGUUUAAAAGACCCCAGCUUCCUUCCCAGAACUCUCUGUGUGUGUCUGACCCUUCGUCUGGCUCUCUAAGAAGACGGCAGCACUUAACCUUCCACUGGCCCUGCAGGAAGCUUAGCCCCAGCCUUCUCGGCACAGGGAGGGAAGGACUGGCCCAGAAGAGUGUGCCAGCCAUGCUUUGUAUUGCAUUCUCAAAUAAAGCGGCACAGUGUCACUAGUUUUUUCAAA